GUAAUUCGUGUAUUUAUUAAAAGGAAGAAAAAAAAAAUGGAUGUCGGGACGCGCCCAGAGUCAAAGGCCGCCAACGAUUCAGCCAGCACCCAGUCGCCAGCACCCUCAGACAGACCAGCGCAGGACGGCAAUGACACACCCAGCGGGAAUCGCCCAGCAGACACAGCCACAGACUCCAGCAAUGUCACAGUCAGCGUGCCGGCGCAGAAUAUCCGGCAGUUCAAAGAGGCAGUGGUAUUCAAUGACCAGGAGAAGGAGCUGGCCACGGCCAGGGCAGAGAUCGCAAAGUGCCGCGAUGAGGCGAAGCGACAACACACAGCGUACCAGAACCUGCAGCGCGACAUGGAGUCAAAGAACCGCGAACUAACAAAGGCCAAUGCCGAGACCGACGAUGCACGCUCCCUGCUGGUGCAGCGCGAGCGCGAGCUGUCGCGUGUGCGCGGCCUGAAGGAGGAUCUGGAGGCGAAGGUGUCGGAGCUCCGCCAGUCGGCAGUCAGCGUUGGCGCACCGCCCAAGUCACCUAACACUUCGUUGCUGGAGGAAGUUGAGCGGCUAAAGAAGGACCUGCUGGCAAAGGAAGGAUCGAUAAAGUCGCUCAAAAUCGCACGUGAUUCGAUCCGGUCGUCGACCAAAGCCGAGGUUAUCAGUAUCCAGGCAAAGUACGCGCGCGAGCAGGCCGAGCUUGUGGACCGCCAGGAGAAGGAGAUGACGCGGCACCGGCUGGCGCUGGCCAGCAAGGAGGCGGAGCUGGAGCAGGAGCAAGAGCGCCUGAUGCAGCUGGAGAUGGAUCUGACCAUGCGCACAUCACAACUCGAGGAGAACGCGGCCGAGCUCAAGGCCAGUCUCGAUACCAUGACCAAGAGCUACCAGGACGCGCAAAUGGAGAUUGAUGAGCUGAAGGCAGCGGCCAAGGCGGAGAACAAGGCGCGCGGAUCGGAGCACCGGUCAGAGGUUGCAAAGUACACACGGGCCAUGAAGCGCGAUGAGAAGCGGAUAGCAGAUCUUGAGACGGCGCUAGCCAAGGCAAAGGAGCAUGCAAAGGAACACCAAAAGCAAAAAACACGCCCGCGGCCAAAGUCCACGUCGACCGCAGCCGAGGCCAUCUCAGCAGCCAUCGAGGAUGUGGCCGAUAUGGCUGUAGAAGAGCUGCGCGAAGAAGUGGCUACUCUGCGCGUCGACGCUGUGCACAAAGACGAGACAAUCCGCAAGCUGGGAGUGAUGGUUGAGGAGCUCGAGCGCAAGCAGAACCCCGAAGGCGGCCGCAGACCGCGUGGCAAGGUAGCGACGUUGCAGGCCGAAAUCGACCAGCUAAAGGCAGACUUGGAGGUGCGCGACCAGAAGAUCGAGAAACUGGAGACGGCCCUGCACAUCACUGAGGGCACCGAGGUCAGCCACAGCGAAAUAGCUGCCGAGCUUGAUUUGAAGAUCAUUGCCCUCGAGUCGGAUCUGAAGAGCAGGGUGCAGAGGACUACAGAGCUGGAGCGCGAGCUGAAGGAAGCACAGGAGGCAGCAAAUGAGCGGCCGAUGCGGCUGCGGCACUCGUCAAAUUCGAAACGCUCAGCAGCCGCAGGCGUUGUAUCAGCAGCAGCAACAUCAGCAGCAGCAGCACCUCAAACAGCGACUGCGGGUCGCGGGGGCUCCCAAGGAGCUCGUGGCCGGAAGGCACAGGCAGAGGCGAAGCCUGAUAGCUCGAAGCACGAGGCGCUGUAUGUCGAAAAGCUGGAGACUGAGAAGCGGGCGCUGCAGGAGAUUGUGACCGAACAGCAGGUCAAGAUUAUGCAUCUGCGUGAUGGUGCUGGGCACUCCGUGCCGCCAGCAGUCGAUGAUGCACGCCCAGCCCUACAGCCGAUCACACCUAGGAAACGGGCCCAGGAUGUGGGUGAGGAGGUUGCUCAGUCGGGCACAGUGUUGGCGAAGCGGCCCAAGCAGGUUCCGAGCAUCAGCCUUGCCAAGCAAAACGGCGUGCCAGCGGUGCAGAAAAAGACAGCCAAUGUCCCUUCAGCCAAGCAAGCAAGCGGCACGGAGCAGACAGUCGAGUCAAUUGAGCGGCUGCUCAAGGACAAGCGCAUUAGCAGCGCCAACCGUGCCAAACGCUUCUUCAGCAUCCUGCAGAAGACUCCACAGAAGCUGCACGCGUCUUUGCUCCAGAUCACUGGCGAGAUCCCCGAGGUCGACCCUGCGGAGUUUCUGAAGACGCUUUCGUCGCACAUGGCUAGCCCGGGUAUAGGCAAGAUCGCUGGGCAUGUCCCCAGGCGCCUUAGCAGCUUCGAGUCGGAUGUGGCGAUGGCGGUGUGGAUCUUUGCUUACAAGUGCGACCGGGUCCAGUUCUUUGGCAACCUGAUGCGGCUGCUGGCCCAGCGCACCAUCAGUGGCAGUGACCGGACCGUAGCAGCGACCUGCUCUCUGGCCCGAAUCUUUGCUGCGCUCUGUUUCCUGGCGCAGGACAUCCAACGGCUGCGCGUCCUUUUGUGCGACCUGCUGAUGGAGGCAGUCGACCAGGCCCACACAUUGCCAGUCAUUGCCAAUACCACAGGCGACCAGACUGAGCCGUCGCUUGGCCUGGUUGUGCGCGUGUUCCAGGCCGAUCAGCACAGCAGGGACGAGGCAGAUUCGCUGUACUCUGUCAUGGUUGACCAGUGUGGAUGGCGGCAGCCGUGCAAGGCCGAGUUUGCCGACAAGAUCUUUAUUGAGGUCGAAGACAUGCUCAGGACUCUGGGCGAGGACUCGAGCGAGUACCCGGUGGUCAAGUGUGCGCACAACCUGCUGGCCCCGUAUAUAGUUUCUCAGUGAACUCUUUCAUAAUGAACCGUUGAAAAAUCACUU